GGUCAGGUCACGCAUCACCGACUACUUCUGUACAGUACGUAGCAGGAAGGAGCGUCAAGCAUUCAUGGCUACGGUACUCGUUAUGUGGAGACCUAGUAGGUGCAGACGAUUUACUCGCGUCUAGACUAGCUUUCCGAUUCGCGUCUAUCUUAUGGAAGCUUUUGGUUUGAGCAUUCGGAACUAGUCUUUCCGAUCCACUGAUCCCCUGAUUCCCUGAUUCCGCUUGCAUUUCGAAUUCAGCGUCAACGUUUUCGUUCGUGUUCGUUAAUCUCGCUUCCACUCUUGCGAAUGACCGCCGUCCAUCCAUGCAUAGACGCGCCAGCUCUCCGCGCGGCGGCGAUCCUUACCGCGAGGCAGCAAGACGAGGCCAGAUCCUGACCGUCGGCUUGUUCAUCGUCACCGUCGCUCUUCUCUGCUGCGCGUCGCUCGUUUCGAUCUACUCCGACGAAGGUUCCUUGCUUCUUCGCGAAUGGUCCUCUUCUCCGUCCUCAAAGGACCAGAUGAAACCCGGUACGAUCCACGGUCAAUCCGAUGAUGCGUACUUAGGUGGAUCGGAAUCCGAAUUGGACGAUGCGAAGCUCAUGAGUGCGAAUCAUGAGGGUCUUUCGGCUACAUGGAAUCGAAUCCCGGGAUCUGCGCUAGACUCUCCGGAUAAGAUCCGGCAAUUUCGAAAGAGAUUCGCGUGCAUAUCGAAGGCUGGUCGGUGGGCGUAUAACAGCACUCCGCGACUGUUACCAUGGCCGGACGAAGCGAGCGAAUGCGACGUUGCCUUCGCGAAGCUGGACGAGAAAAACCUCGCUAUGGAGUGGGCCGAUAACGUGGCUAAUCAGAUGGAGUCGGUACAGCGCAGGAUAGAUAGGGUUCCGAUUAUGGCGAAGUGGAAGCGGAAAGUAGAAUCGAUGGAGCGAUACCAAGGGAUGCUACGUAAGCGCUGGCGCGUAAGAGACACGCUUAAGUACGAGUGGUUGGUACCGGGACAGGAGGAGGAGGGGGAAGAGGGAGGAGGAGGAGAUGGAGGUAUGGACGGCCGAAAUGGUGCCACAUGUGGUGCCUGGGACCGAUUUGAUCCUGAGCGGUUUUGUCGGAUUAUCAGCGGGAGGAAUGUGCUUGUAGUGGGAGAUUCCAACAAUCUGCUUUUAGCGAAUUCGAUCUGGCAGAAUGCAAGAGUAGGUGCGAAGGAUCCAGCUAUCCGCGUUAGAAGGGGACAGCUGACUCCCUAUUGCCAGCGGCUUAGGAAGGCGUCCAAGAAACCGUUACAAGCACGCUGCUGGACGGUUGACCUCUGCUCCGAUUUAGACAGCUCUUAUACUGCGGAGGACUCUAGCGGAUCGGCGGUUUCUGAACAGGGUUCGGGAAGCAGUGGGGUUGAAACGAAUGGUCCAGAUUCGACCUCCUCUUCCAGCCAGAAUGGGCGGAGGGAGGGUGGAGGAAGGAGGGGAGGAAAGGGAGGGGUAGAUUUGGAGGGGGGAGGCCAACAAGUCGCUCAGGCAGAUUCGCAGCAGCAACAGCAACAGCAGCAGCCGACCAAGCAGAAGCUGAGUCAGCAGUCGGAGGAGCGGUCACAGAGACGCAGGGAUGACAUGACGGCAGGAAGUGAACCAGUUAACAAGCAGAAGCAAAAGGGUGAGUCAAGGCAGAGGGCUGAAGGUCAAACUGAAGAGCGACUGGAUUCAGAGAAAAGAGACGUGCGAGACGGGACACGGGGUGGCGGUAGUGGGAAAGGAGGCAGCGUUGGGAGCGAGGGGAGGGACGGGGGUGGAGAGAUGGGCAGGAGGUCUGGUGCUGGGUCUGGAGACUUGGAGACAAAGAAAGCCGUGCAGCAGCAGACGCGGGGGCAGCAGACGCGGGGGCAGCAGACGCGGGAACAGCAGACGCGGGGGCAGCAGAGCACUUCACAGAAGCGUGGUGCGACAGCGGCUGCGGCUGCUGCUUCUGUGGCAGCAGUGACGGCUAAAGGCGGUGCUGCUCGUGCUGCUGCUGCUGCUGCUGCUGGUGCAAAGGGUGCGUCUAGUGCAGCAGGUGGGACGUCCAAAGGAAGGAAGGGCGGGCAACGAAGCUUGUUAAGCAGCGAAGAAGACCAAGGGGAGCAACCGAGCAGCAGCACCCAAGCAGAGCUCCAAGCAAAGCCCUUUCAGCUGCACUUUAUCCAAGACGAUAGCCUCAUCCUCAACUUCACAGGAGCAGGAAACGACUGGACCGCCUCAGGCCCAGCUAAUGACUGGAUCGUGGACCAGAGUUUCCACGAGUCGUGGAUGGGCGAGAUCGCAGCGCAGAACAUCUCAAUAGUAAUGAUGAAUCGAGGUGCCCACUUUGUUCCUCACGACCAGUUUGAGCGGCAAAUGCGUUCAACACUGCUGGCGCUCAGGCAGACACACCCUGACCUGCUCAUCCUCUUUAGAAGCUCCCCCAGUAGCCAUCCCAACUGCUGGGAGCACUGGGAACCGUCAAGGGAACUGAUGAAACCUCCACUUGCAGAUGGUGACAAUGACAAAGCAGAUUUGAGUGAAGUACAGAACGGGAUUGCGAAGGGGGUGGUGGAGAUGGCUGGAGGGGUGUUUAUAGAUGUGGAUUAUCUGACCGCGCUUAGGCCGGAUGGGCAUGUGGGAAGGAGGGACUGUACUCGUUAUUGUCAGCCUGGGCCUGUGGAUACGUGGACUCAAGUGCUGUACAAUAUGCUGCUGGACCUUCUGCCAGAAUCUUGAUUGAGUGACCUCAAGUGCUGUACAAUUGUUCAUUGGGUUGUGUGCAAUAUGGUGGGAUGUUCAUUCUUGUACCCCUAACGUUCAUGU